AAUACUGUAGAUAGAAGACCUCUUGGUACCACAACCUUUAUCUGAGAAGUUCACUAAACUUGUUGGUGAAUAAUUGCAGUGGAAGAAGUAAAGACAAGGGCCACAACUUUAAGAACACAGUACUCCAAGCUUCUUAAAGCCAAACCCAGUGGGAGUGGGGAAAAGCCACUCACAAACAAACAAAAGUGGCUGCUGCAGUCAUUGAUGUUUUUGAGGAAACAUGUCAUCCAACGUGCUUCUGAAAGCAGUCUUCAUCAGUCAGUUAAACAUGCCCUGACUGCAGUGAAUGACCCCACCAGUGAUCUAGAUGAUGACACAUCUCAGAUGUCUGAGGACAUGUCUGUGGACCUGUCAGCAACUGUGUGUCAGCCAUCUACUUUGGAGACUGAUAAUGAACUGUCUUGUCCUACACCACCCAACCUUACCCAAAAGCGAAAGAAAAGCCAAUCUGCUGACUCCAUUGAAAUGGAGAAACUCAAAGUUUUGCAGGAAAUGUCUAAUGCUUUUCAGAUGGGUAGAAGCAGGUCAGCUGCUGAUAGUGACAGCACUUUUGGGGCCCAAGUGACAGAGGAGUUGAGGUUGAUUAAAAAUACUCUGAUAAAGAGUAGAGUUAAGAGAAAAAUUAUGAAUGCUUUAUAUGAGGCUCAGGAGUGUGAUCACUCUGAUUUAUUGCCAUCUAUCCAAAACCAGAUGCCACUUGUAUGUCCUCCACCCCCGACAGUACAGAUGGCCCCCUCACAGCCGUCCCCUCUACUUGCAUACACACCUACACAAGCACAUCACCACAUGUCUCCACCAUGUCAAACUUACACAUCUACACAAGUGUUUCAGCAUCAGUAUCAGCCUCCACAACAUAAUGAUCAAGAGUAACUUUUGUCCAGAAAACAAUGGUCAUGAUUGCGCACAGUAGACUGCGCAUAGCACAUAUUUACAUUAUCAGCCAGUCUGUGUUCUGAUGGGUUGUUCUUGUUCUGAUGGAUGUUCAUAUUUAGGUUUAAAAUAAGCACUGUUGUGGCUGAGAAAAAUACUCCAAAACACUAGAAAGUCUGUUUUUGAUGCACUUGUGACUGGUCAGUUAUGUUGUAUACCAGUGUAAACCUUGUAUUUGUGCUUUUGUAUUUAUUUAUUUUGAAGUUUCCAGUUUAAGUGUAAACUUAUUUUUAUUUCAAUAUUGAAAACUGUUUG